CCCCGGCUGCUCCCCCUCGCCCUCCUUUGCGCCCACCUGCCCGCCAACUGCUCCCCGGUUCGCGGCCUCCCUGUUUUAUGCUGUGCAGGGGGAUCGCCAGCGCCCAUGAGGGAGUACAAAGUCGUGGUUUUAGGGAGUGGGGGGGUGGGCAAGUCGGCUUUGACCGUGCAGUUUGUCACCGGGACGUUCAUUGAGAAGUACGACCCCACCAUCGAAGACUUCUACCGUAAGGAGAUUGAAGUGGACUGCUCCCCAUCAGUACUUGAAAUCUUGGAUACCGCAGGGACAGAACAGUUUGCUUCCAUGCGUGAUCUCUACAUUAAAAAUGGCCAAGGCUUCAUCCUAGUUUACAGUUUGGUAAACCAACAAUCUUUCCAGGACAUCAAACCAAUGAGGGACCAAAUUGUCCGUGUAAAGCGAUAUGAGAAGGUUCCUCUCAUCCUGGUGGGGAAUAAAGUGGAUCUGGAGUCGGAAAGGGAGGUUUUGUCAGCGGAAGGUCGUGCUCUGGCCCAGGAGUGGGGCUGCCCAUUCAUGGAGACGUCUGCCAAGAGCAAGACCAUGGUGGAUGAACUCUUUGCAGAGAUCGUGAGGCAAAUGAACUAUGCAUCCCUGCCUGAAAAGCAAGACCAGUGUUGUACAACUUGUAUUGUCCAGUGAAAAAGAAAAAGCAGAACCUCAAUCAUGGCCAUACCAAGCAGAUAAAAACUCAGAGGAAUUUGCACAGAUGCUGCUUUGGAGAACCCCUUUCAGCCCAGGCUGCAGAACUGAGCCUUGCUAAAUCCUGUCUCUCUCUUUAGAGCACAUUUCCAGGCGUGGGUGCAAAAGGUCAGCGGCGGCCGUGGACAUCCGUAGGCCUGCGACAAACACUUAGCAUGUUUACCACACAUUCUGAAAUCUGUUCUUUAUCUCUCAGUCCUCCUCUUUCUUUCUUUUUUAAAUAGCUUUCUAAGUUCCUAUUAAUGGCUAAUAUGCAAGAGUUCAUUUUAAAAAUAUGUUUUGAUUUCUUUAAUUAAUUUCCAGAACUUGUAUUUAUUAAAUUUAAAACUCAGUAUUACCUACUCAAUGCCUUUUUAAGUGAAAGUUUUAAUGGAGAAUAAAAGUGAGCCUUAAACAA